AUGGAAGAAGAUCAUAUUUUUAAAGGCGAAGAAGAGCUUGGAAAUCUUGUAGGGAGACUUCGAGACGUCUAUCUUUUAUACAAAGAAAUCAGGAAUCGUCAUAGUAUUACUAUGGAUCCAAGAAUAAAAGAGCGAAUCCACAAGCUGGUAUAUUCUUCGAAACAAUCAACAAUCUAUUUAAAACACCCAGAUGCCCAACGAAGAUUCAGAGAAGAAAUAAUAGAAAAAAUCGCUGAAAUCCCAAGCCCAAAACCUAUUCCUUUAUACCCAGACACUUUACUAUCUGACUAUUUUUCACUAAAAUUAAAAAAUACUCCACCUGAAAUCCGCGAAACUUUAGCAGAAUUCAGUUUCAGCCGAAUCCUCUUCCUUCAGCAAUACAAGUAUAAAUUUCUUCUUAAAUGAGCCUUUUUCUCACAGCAUUUCCCUACACUAGUGACUAUUUCCCAAGUAAACGAAAAACUACAGUCAAUUAAUUUAUUAGUAAAUGAUUAUAUUUCAAAAUAUGAAAGGCUAAGAUAUGAUGAAGAAUUUCCAGGAUCAGAAAACCGGCCAUCACCUAAAACAGAUGAAGGGACAAAUUUAUUCCUGGAAGAGCCAACUAUUUCUUAUAGCAGUAUUUCUAGAGAUGAUAUAAAAGACUUUUUAUCAGUGAAUUCUCAAAGACUUCAUGAUGAAAGAAUUAUUACAAGGUAUCUUUUGAGACUAAAAUGGCUAUGGGUGUUCCACAGGACUGAAAUUUGGAAGCGGUCUAUGGAGUUAUUGGCUAAUUUAAAAAAGAAAAGCAUAGAAAGGAUGAAAUUGUUGACAGGAAGCGAAGAAAUUGGAAAACAGAAAAUUGUGGUCAGGAUGGUGACCAAUAUAAACUUAAGAAAUUUAAAGCGACAAAAAGAAAUGAUGAAAAGAGCACAAGCGGUCCAUAGCACAUUUGCAGAGGAACAUUUAAAUUUAAAUGAAGAUUUAUUGAAUUCUAAUAUAGAUACAAUUGACAGCCCACCAACUCUAAUUGUAGAUGUAAAGCAGCUGCAAGGGCUAUUAGAUAAUCUAACUCCCCCCCCCCCCCCCUCCGUGAGCGAACAAAAAAAUUUUGUUCACUCACGGAGGGGGGUUAAUUUUUUUUUUUUAAAAAAAAUUUAUAUAUAAAUUUUAUAAAAAAUAUUUUUUUCGAAAUUUAAAAAAAAAUCCUAAUUUGCAAAAAUUGGGAAGCAAAUAUUAAUUUAAUUUGCAAAAUUUAUGUUUUAAAACGCAAUUUGUUUAAAAUUAAACAGAAUUAGCUCUAGAUUUCAUUAUACUAAUUAUCACUUAUAUAUCAAAAUUUUUUUCUAUUAAAAUUUUUCUAUUAAAAAAAUUUUUGUUCGCUCACGGAGGGUGGGUUUUUGGUCAAAAAAUGGUGAUUUUUCUAAUGGUUUUGUUCGCUCACGGAGGGGGGGGGGGGAGUAAGUAAAGAAUUCGGCCUUGUAGGGGAUUUGCAGCUGGAUGAUGGCCAUUCUUUAUCAUAUCAAGUAGCUCAUUUGCUUCCUGAGUUUUUUGAGCUGCAAAGACAAAGGCUUGAUUGGUAUCCUUAUAACAAUGAAGAAGAAAAAGAAAAGGCAGGUAUACGAUACGAAAAUUUAAAAAAUCUAAAAGUCCAUCGGCUAACAGCUAUUCGUAAAGCUUAUUCAUUAAGUGAGCAAGGCGGGUCUUCUUCAAUUGCGUCUAAAUCUAUAAAAAUUGUAUCAGCCAAGAUGCCUGAUUGGAUUCAUUUAAUAAAGCUAAUUCCAGAAGUUCCUAUAUGGUAUCGUCGCCAAAAAGCGAAAUUGGCUUAUUUAGAAAGGAAUGACCAACUGCUAGAAACAGCUUUUAAUAUUCUUGAUGUUCAAGAUCUACCUACAAUUAACAAAGUUCUUGAAGAGUUUUCUUUAACUUAUGCAGAAAAAGCUUCCAAAAAAGGUGUGUUGAAAACUGAAAUCGGGAUCACUGAUAACGACCUCAAGAAAAAAUAUUUCAGCUCUUUACUGCGAGAAAGAACUGUUGCAAAUUUGGCAGGUGAAGAAGACUUAAUAGAGCUCCCAACCCAGUGCAUAAAAGCACUAUACACGUUAAAAUUACUGAAAUCACGAAAUUUGAAACAAAAGCUAAUUGAUAGGGUGCAGAUUCAAUUAUAGUGCAUUUUGAUAAUGUGCAUUAACCAAAAGCACUUUUGGUCAAAAAUUGGUUGAAACUUUUUGACAGUGAGACAUUUGACCGAAAAAAAACCGUUAAAUUUCGCCAAAUGUAUUUCGAUAAAAUGCACACUGUCAAACAUCCACUGUCAUUUGACAUGGAGCCAAUUGAUAUGCUAAAUGUUUAUAGAAGUAUUCAAAGAAGAUUAUCAUUCGAUAUCUCUGAUUUAGGGAGCAGAGAACAGCUUAAGCCUGAUGCAGAACUUGAUAUUCUAGUCAAAGAUAAUACAGGACACAAUCCAACUGUGCCGUCUCCUAAAACUGUAAACUCCGACAAUAUCUUUGACAAAGUGCCUUCUUUAUUUGGCAGGAGAGACCAAUUCGAAUAUGUAGAAAACGAAAUUUAUGUAAAAGACGACCAAGGAGAGUAUGUAGCAUACACAGUAAUCCUCGAUGACUAUAAAGAGAUCGAAAAAGAGCUUAUAAAGCUUGGAAGCUAUUAUAUUUUGCAAUACGAAUGCUGGUGCGAAGAUGAAGGAAACAAUUAUCCAUCAAUAGAUAGAGACUUUUUAGUCGGUGAGCUGCUUGAUCUAGAAAGUAAAUUCCAAGAAGCAAAACUAGAACUCAUUAUGACUUAUAUGGAAAUAUAUGAGCAUGCAAUAGAAAAAGAAACUCACUCCCCCCCCCUCCGUGAGCGAACAAAAAAAUUUUGUUCGCUCACGGAGGGGGGUUAAUUUUUUUUUUUAAAAAAAAAAUUUAUAUAUAAAUUUUAUAAAAAAAUAUUUUUUUUCGAAAUUUAAAAAAAAUCCUAAUUUGCAAAAAUUGGGAAGCAAAUAUUAAUUUAAUUUGCAAAAUUUAUGUUUUAAAAACGCAAUUUGUUUAAAAUUAAACAGAAUUAGCUCUAGAUUUCAUUAUACUAAUUAUCACUUAUAUAUCAAAAUUUUUUUCCAUUAAAAUUUUUUCUAUUAAAAAAAUUUUGUUCACUCACGGAGGGUGGGUUUUUUGGUCAAAAAAUGGCGAUUUUUCUAAUGGUUUUGUUCGCUCACGGAGGGGGGGGGGGGAGUCAGCUAAAAGUUGCACAAGAAGUAAUCAAUUUAAUGGCAUUACGACCAAGGCUAUAUCUAAAAGCAUCAUAUUUCACUCAAAGCUACUGGGCACAUAUAAGUGCUAUAGAAGAACAUAACCGUUUAUUGGUGUCCAUCCUUACGCAGCAGAGGAUGUUUUUCCAUGUAAAAGAUGUAUUAGAUAUAAACCCUGCUUUAUCAAAAAUUAGCCAAAUUUUGCCUACAAUGCAAAGAUGUGUUGAUGAGUUAUACACUAUUUAUGAAACAGAAACUCCAUUAGCAUUAAGCACUUUAGAGCAAGCGUCAUGGGAAUUUGCUCAGAAGGAUUGAAAAUAUAGCCAAUGCACGUCACUAGUUUUGUUUGAAGAAGGGGUUUUGAUUGAUAAAGCAGAGCUAGUGAUGGAAUGUGCAAAAGAGCUUGGCGCUGAAGUAAAAACGGGGAAUUGAAGACUUUUACCUGUUUUAAAUCAAACCCCAACUGAUAAAAAAAAUGUUGAAUUAAAUAUACCAAGCGAACUACAAAUUUGUUGCAAUUUGAUGGAAGCAUGAAGGUAUAGAAAAUCUUUAGAGCAAGCUAUUGAAGAAACCAAUAUUCUAGAAGAGCUUUAUAAAAAACAGUGCAUCACUAUGAAAAAAGAUAACACAAGCUUAGAUUCUGCUGAAUGGAACUUAGGAUUAAGGCACAUUGCUGAAGUUGACGAUGGACCAGGCUCAAGGACUGAUUUUUGAAUACCUGCUUUUGAAUUUGACCCUAAGCUUAAAGCUAACUUGCAUUUUGCAAGUGUUCAAGCUCUCAAAGCUUUAAUGCUCCCAUGCGGAAUCUGCGAAAUUAAAGCUGCAGCUUUAUACCAAACUAUGCACAAGCAUCUGCUUAUGAUAGCAAUCCAAACAAACCAAAAUGCUCUUGACAAAUGGACUAAAAAUAUCGCAGAAAUUGAGCUGGCAAGAGAUUUCAGCUAUAUUCCAAAGAAAACCAAAGCAAUAUGGUCAAAUGUACUGGGAAGAAGAGGCGAAGGCCUCUUACCUGAAAAAGCAGAAGCAGAAAUCCAAAGACUUAAAUCCCGAAUUUCCGGGGAAGCCAGCAAAUUCUUUUUAGACAUAAAAAUCCGAAAAAUGAGGCACAGAGUCAAAGUUGAAAACGCUUAUAAACGAAUCGCUGAAAAAUACAAACAAAUUCUAGACGAAAAUGACCAUUUGCCACUUGUCCUUAGAAAUGUCAGGGCAAAUCUUAUAGACGGGUAUUGCAAAGAGGUGCUGAGAGAUGUAUAUCAUGAUGCUAUUAAAAUCCAAAUAAUAAAAAUCCUGCAUGAGUACAGAAGGAUGAUGAAAAUCGUGCCAAGCAAUGUUUACCAGGAACAAUUUGAAGGUAUUGAAGAUGAGCUGAGACCCAGAGUUUUUGUAGGAGAAGACGGAGAAAUUGUGAAUAUUGAACAUAUUCCUUCGACUGAAGAAAUUCUGGCUAUGAAAGGGUUCAAAGAAGAAGAUUCACAUAUGUGGACUGACUGAAAUCCGUUUUCUUCUGCUGAAGUUUUGGAUUUGUCUACAGGAAAAAUCAAAAAUAUGACUUUAGGGCUGAUUCCGAGAGAAAAAGAAACGACACUGCUUCAAACAAAAAAUAACUGGAGAUUUCCAUCACCUGUAAAGACUGCGUUAGAAACCAUUAUAGCAUGCGUUCAAAUACUCCAAGUUAAGUUUUUCAUAUAUUUGCUAGGAGAAAACAGUGAAGAAGUGAUGGACUUACAAGAUACUACUAUUGCAGGGUAUGAUUUUUGGAAAAUUGAUGAACAAAAAUCAGAAGAAGAAAUUUCACAUAAAGCUGUAGAUGAUAUGCUAAGUGCUCAAUCUCCAAAAUAUUCAUUAGAAGAGGACAUUAAACGAGGACUUGGGAGCUUAAAAGGCUUAGCUACCCAGUUUUUAGUCGCCACAAAAGGUGAAAAGCCCAAAAUCUGUGUGAUGCAGUCCAAAAAAGUCUUUCAAGUAUUCGCUUCUGCCCUCUACCAAUCUCUCCACCAUUCAUUAAUGCACGAAAAGAAAGAAGACGCCAUACAAGUGUCCGAAUUUAUGACAAUGCUGUUUAGACUUAAUAGGAAGAAUUUUGUAUUGAAAAAUAAAGAAGUUGCUCCACUGUUUUCUAACCCUGACUGUGAUGUAAUUGAUGCUUGUGAAAGAAUUGUAUAUAUAGACAAUGAUAAUAGAGAUACAUUUUUAGGACAGGUAUCAGGGGCUUAUAUGUGGGAUUUAGAAUGAGGACUAUUAGAAGUGUCAUCAGAAGAAAGAAACCACACACUGGCAACUACAACUGCAAUGUCACUGAGUAUAACUUCUUAUAUAUCCUCUAACUCCCCCCCUCUGUGAGUGAACAAAACCAGUAGAAAAAUCCUAUUUUUUGCCCAAAAACCCACCCUUUGUGAGUGAACAAAAAUUGUUUUAAUAGAAAAAAUCUUUUAUGGAAAAAAAAUUUUGAUAUAUAAAUGAUAAUUAGUAUAAUGAAAUCUAAAGCUAAUUCUAUUUAAUUUUAAACGAAUUGCUUUUUAAAACGUAAAUUUUAUAAAUUAAAUUAAUAUUGCUUUCAGAUUUUUGCGAAUUAGGAUUUUUUUAAAUUUCGAAAAAAAAUAUUUUUUAUAAAAAUUUCUAUAUAAAUUUUUUUAAAAAAAAAAUUAAUCCCCCUCCGUGAGUGAACAAAAUUUUUGUUCACUCACGGAGGGGGGAGUAAGCAAUUAAUGAAAUCUAAAGCUCCAUUAAAAUCUUUAGAAAUCACUCUUACUUAUUUGCAGCCAGAACUUGAGUCUUGAAGGUUAAAAUGCGCACUAUUUAUGUGGAGGACAGAUAAAGACAUUGUGACAGACCCAGUAGUAUAUGAAAAAAUAUCAGCACAGUAUAGAGAUACAUUGGAAUGGGUGAAGGAUACUCAGCUUCCUUCAGGCUUGUCUCGAGAAGAUAGAGAGCUGCUAAAGCUUCAAAAUGAAGUAAAACUGCUAAAAGAUACUUUUCAGUCAUUGAUAUGCUCAUUUGCCAUUAAAUUCAUUGAAGGAGAGGUAACCUCACUAACAGAAGCUUCUCAAGCAGCUGGCCAAUAUGGAGUUAAACAAGAUUUUACAUGCAAUAUUGACAAUAAUUAUACAGAUUCUACUAGAAAGAUUGGGAUUCUGCACAAUUAUUUAAACACUUUGAGAAACCGUUGCACAAUUGUUGAAGCGCCAACUUGUGGAAAAGCUUUGGUUUUCUCUAUCAAAGACUUAACCCAACUUACUAAAAGAUUUGCAGACCAACUUCAAAGAUAUGCAGAAGCUGAGUUCCGUGCCAGAGAAGAAGCCACCAGCUUAGAAUACCAACAGCUAUUAGCUCAGCUCCGGCAAAAAGAAAAUGAAAUCAUGCUAGCUAAGCGAAAUAUCGAUAACUUGAAUACAAACAUGGACAAUCUUGUAAAUGCUCAAUUAUCUCAAAAAGGCAACCAACUAAUAUACGAGUUAGACAUUUCUCAUAGGCAGCUUCAAGAAAUCAAAAACAACAUGAAGCUACUUGAACAUCAAAUACGAGAAAUUGUAUUAUCAGAGUACAGACAACAAAUUCAAGAAAAGGAUAGAGAGAUUGCUGAUCUUAAGCAAGCUUUUAAAAGCUAUCGAGAUGAAGUUUCAGUAGAGCUGAAAACUGAUAUAGACAGUCAAAAGGCAGAAGCAUUGAAUGAAAUUAAGUCAAAACCUACAAGUAAAGUGAAAAUUCAAGCAAUUGAUCAAGUAAUAGAAGAAAAUGAUACAAGUACUAAGGAAAGAAGGAAAAAAGAGCUGGUGUUGUUACAGGAAACUAUUAGAAAAAUGAGAACUAUGCAUCAAUGGGCAAGACUGAGAAUGAAUCAGAAUUUUGAAAAGCAUAUACAAGAUCUCAGGGAGCAGCUAAGCUCAAAUCAAUAUUUGUGGGAGCAACUUAAUGAGUCACAAAGAAGAGAAGCCUUGUUAAAGCAGGAAUUAUCAUAUACACAGCAAGCAUUAGCUGCUGCAGAAAAACUCGCAGACAAGCUUCAAACCCAAAUAGAAGACAUGAAUAGCCAACGUUUGCAGCUUCAACAAUACAAAGCAAACAAAGGAAAAAGGCUAGCAGAGCUUGAAGAAAAAAUGAAGCUUCACCAACGACUAGAGUUUGUUGAUAACUACAAGCUUAUGAACCAAUUUCAAAUCCAAAACAAAAAGCUUCAAGUCAUGAAAUCAGGCGAAAUUGACGCAGGCAAGCAAUAUUUGCAUCACCACAAUGCUUAUAAUAGAAAAAUCCAAGACUUAAAACUCAAACUUAAAAGUGAAACCAAAUUAAAAUUAGAAGCCUAUGACCAGCUAAACAUGAUAAAAGAAGAAAUGGAGGGCAUUGACCAAGAUCCAGAAUCAAUGGCUACUAUAUGGAGAAACCGCUACUAUGAUUUACUUGAAGAAGUAAAAGACCUUAAAGGGCAAAACAUUGGCCUAAGAGACAAACUUAUUGACAUAGGAGAAGGAGAAUUUGUAGACAAACACGAAGACUUGGUAUGCAGGGCUAAGUCCAGCAUAGGAGAAGCCUUGCCAAGCAUUUUCGCUAAGACUCCUCAGAGAGCCAAUCUUUCCUUUAAUAGUUUGAAAUAA